ACACUCCUGCUGAAAAAUCCAGCUUAGUCUGACCACCUGCCAGCUACCAAGACAUCAACAAAGCUGGUCAAACUGGUGGAUGAUUUGCCAGUUGGUACGUGACUGUCUCUGAAUCUGUCAGUAAUAAUUUAAGUCGUAAGGCAAUUAAAAAACUUUUCUUGAAGAAUUUAUUUUCUAGCUGGUAAAGAAGGUCCACCAGUUUAACUAGCUUGGCUAUUUUACGUUCCACAACUGCCAGUCAUGACAUAUCGUUUAAUAUUUUAAGUAAUACUUGUUUUAGUAUUCAGUGUGACAGUAAUUUAUACCUCAUGCUAAGGAGCAUGCUGUGUCUAAUUCAUUUUGAAUCCUUUUAAUAACAUUAGUAAAUAACAUUACUGUUGUAUCUUACUCCCCCACACUUUUUAUAAUUACACUGAUCAGGCAUAACAUUAUAACCACCUGCUUAAUAUUGUGUUGGUCCCUCUUUUGCUGCCAAAACAGCCCCGACCCAUUGAGGCAUGGACUCCACUAGAUCCCUGAAGAUGUGCUGUGGUAUCUGGCACCAGGAUGUUGGCAGCAGAUCCUUUAGGUCCUGUAAAUUGUGAGGUGGGGCCUCCAUGGAUCAGACUUGUUUGUUCAGCCAUCCCACAGAUGCUCAAUUGAAUUAAGAUCUUGGGAAUUUGAAGACCAAAUCAACACCUCAAAUUCGUUGUUGUGCUCAUCAAACCAUUCCUGAACCAUUUUUGCUUUGUGGCAUGGCACAUUAUCCUGCUGAAAGAGGCCACAGCCAUCGUGGAAUACCGUUUCCAUGAAAGGGUGUACAUGGUCUGCAACAAUGCUUAGGUAGGUGGUACAUGUCAAAGUAACAUCCACAUGGAUGGCAGGGUUUCCCAGCACAACAUUGCCCAAAACAUGACACUGCCUCCGCUGGCUCGCUUUCUUCCCAUAGCGCAACCUGGUGCUAUGUGUUCCCCAGGUAAGCGAGGCACACGCACCCAGCCAAAUUGUGAUUCAUCAGAGCAGGCCACCUUCUUCCAUUGCUCCGUGGUCCAGUUCUGAUGCUCACGUGCCCAUUGUUGCCACUUUCGGCAGUGCACAGGGGUUAGCAAGGGCACCUUGACUGGUCUGUGGUUAUGCAGCCCCAUAUGCAACAAAUUGUGAUGCAUUGUGUAUUCUGACACCUUUCUAUCAGAACCAGCAUUAACGUCUUCAGCAAUUUGAACAACAGUAGCUCGUCUGUUGGCUCGGACCACACAGUCUUUUUUCCCCACGUGCAUCAGUGAGCCUUGGCCGUCCAUGACUCUGUCACCAGUUCACCACUGUUCCUUCCUUGGACCACUUUUGAUAGAUACUGACCACUGCAGACUGGGAACACCCUACAAGAGCCAACCCAGUCUCAUGCCAUUACAUGCUGGCCAUCACAAUUUGGCCCUUGUCAAACUCGAACACAUCAACUUUGAGGACAACUUGCUGCCUAAUAUCCCACCCACUAACAGGUGCCACGAUGAGGAGAUAAUCAGUGUUAUUCACUUCACCUGUUGGUGCUCAUAAUGUUAUGCCUGUUCGGAGUAUAAUGUUAUUUAUUCUGCGCAACAUAAUAUUUACUGACUAUAUAAAGUGUGUCAUUUACUUUAUAUGUCCAGAAUUAUGUCCUUAAAUUACAGUUGAUAUACACCGUACAAUAGUUUAUUAGUUUUCCAUGCUGUUGUUGUUGUUUUUUUAUAUUAUAACUCAGAGAUAUUUUGGUUUAAUAUUAAUGUUCCACGGGCGGUUUAACGACUUCUUCUCCUGCACGAGUACGCAAUCAUUUAGGAGUUUCUUUGCAUUUUAUUAUUGACUCGAACGAAAUGCUUUCUUCUUUUUCUUCCACGAAAGCGUCCGGUGGUUCACAUUAUAUCAUCGUCGGUAAAAAUGUGCUGCAUAAGAAAGUAGCGCAAAAUGUGUUUAAAGCUUCCAGCCUGCACAGCGGCAAACAUCUGCUCUGUAAGGUUUUUCCUAUUACUAGAUAUGCCCAGGCCCUGGCUGUGUACACUCAUCUUCCUGCUCAUCCCCACCUACACUAUCCAUCUGAAAUCAUCCUUGGACACUCUAUAGCUUACAUCUUCUUUGAACAUACAUUUGGCAAUAUGUACAGACAUGUUCAGUCCUCACAAGGCUUGUGUGAAGAUGAAGCUUUGAGGCUCUUUCAUCAAAUAGUCUCUGCUGUGGCACAUUGUCACAAUAAUGGUGUGGUUCUGCCUAGACUGAAAAUGAAGAAUUUCGCUUUUAAAAAUGAAGAGCGAACUGAGUUGGCACUGUGCACCCUUAAAGAUGUAUAUAUUAUAGAAAAGGAUGAUAUAAUAUCUGGCAUGCACAGCUGUCCAGUCUAUAUCAGUCCAGAGAGCCUACAGCCAGGGAGCUUAUACUCAGGAAAAGCAUCAAAUGUAUGGAUUCUUGGAGUUAUGUUGUAUACUAUUCUGGUCGGAUGUCAUCCUUUUACGCACACAAACCUCACAGAGCUGUACAGAAGGAUCCAGAAGUGCAAAUUUAAUCUUCCAGAGCUUCUAACGCCUAAAGCCAAGUGUCUCAUAAGUAGCAUCCUUCGACCAGACCCUGCAGAGCGGCUAACAGCGGAAGAAAUCUUGUCCCAUCCUUGGUUUUCCUCCACCAGCUACUCUCAGUAUAUGUGGACGAAAAUGUUCUACAAAGAGAAGGAUCAAGAAGUUCCAUCUUUAUAGCAUAUUAUCAGAAACUAAUUACCUUGUUUGGACUAUAAAGAAUUUCUUCAUAUCUUCCUAGUACAUAACUUAGGGU